AUGAGUCUAAAGGCACUUUCUCUAAGCAAGACAGGCAGUCCAUUAAUUGACAUGGAUGGGAGAGGGCGGAUUGCAGCAGGUGCAAAAGGGCUAACAUCUUCGACUUGGAGGCCUAAUCUUCUUGCUGUUGCUCUCGUAAUUGGUGCCAUUUUCAAAAAUUAA